AAAGGCGAGGCGUGAUCAUUUCCGUUCCCGUGAUAUUUUGUCCGAGCGGCUUUUGAGGCCCUCCCCGAACAUGCCGCUGCACAGGAUCGCGCCCAGGCUGUGGGACGCCCGGCGGCUGGAGGGCGGCAUCUACGCCCGGCUCCCCGCCCACUACCUGCGCGCCCUGCGGGAGGCCCGGCCGCCCGGCCCCGUCCACUGGCGCCGACCGCAGGCGGACGGCCGCCUCCCGGGUAGGGGGGCGGCGGACGCGCCGGUCCGGGUCUUCCACCCGCCGGAGUCCCAGCGCGGCCUGUGGGGCGGCGAGGGCUGGGUCGGCGGGUACAGAUACGUCGACAACGACAAGCUUGCCCCACGGGUAAAGAAAAUUUGGAAACCUCAGUUAUUUAUGCGCGAGCUUUCCAGCGAAAUCCUGGACAAAACGUUCACCCUCACAGUGACCAUGCGGACCCUGGACUUAGUGGACGCAGCCUUUGGCUUUGACUUCUACAUUCUGAAGACAUCCAAGGAGGACUUGCAAUCGAAGCUGGGGAUUGACUUGAAGCGGGCAAUGCUGCUGCGCCUGGCUCGUAAGGACACGGACCUGCACCCCAACGAUCCUGUCAAGCGGGAGUCCAUCUUUAACAAAUAUAAGGCGUUUGCAAUCCCGGAGGAGGAGGCAGAGUGGGUUGGGCUGAGCCUGGAAGAGGCGGUGGAGAAGCAGCGAGUCCUGGAGAAAAAGGACCCAGUGCCGCUGUUCAGAGUCUACGCCGAGGAGCUGGCCAACAAGCUAGUGGCUAAAGCACUGACAGAGCCGGUGACCGUGAGCAGGAAACAAUAGUCGUGUGAGACGACGACUGAACUUUUCCCUGUAACCCCCUCCUUGUGUUGGUUAGAGAUGGCGGCUCUCCUGCAGGGUAAACGUGCGCUGGCUGUGCGACUAAGCGGUGUAUGCAGCGCGCGAGCGGGACGCUUGAAGCUUUGGAAGUCUCCUGGAGCGUGUCACCCCGUGCCAUGGUGGUUUGUGAUUGUUGUCACUCAGACACACAAUAAGAAGCUGUGGAGAGUU